AUGCAGUUCCCCUACGCCCUCCUCGCCCUCGCGGCAACCGUCUUUGCCGUCCCCGUCGAGCUCGUCGAACUCGAGGUCCGUGCUGCUGCCGUCUGCGGAUCCGUCUCUUACACUGCUGCCCAAACAAAUGCCGCCUCCGUCGCCGCCUGCAACCAUGUGAAGGCUGGAACUACCGCCGGUAGCUCCACUUACCCACACACCUAUCGUAACUCCGAGGGUUUCUCCUUCGGGGGCGUUGCCUCACCUUACUAUGAGUUCCCUAUUCUCUCUUCCGGCUCUGUUUACACUGGUGGCUCUCCUGGACCCGACCGAGUCAUCAUCAACUCUGCUUGCAAGCAGGCCGGCACCAUCACCCACACUGGCGCCAGCGGAAAUGCUUUUGUUGCUUGCCAAGGAACUUCUUAA